GCUCGCAAUCCGUGAUGCGAUGGCUGACAUGGUCAUGGACAAGGACAAGUCAUUUUUUUCCUUUUUCCAAAAGAGAGCUCCUAGCCACCCGCCCCCCUCCGCGCUCCGACAGUCCGGGUUCAGUAUUGGCAUCAUCUCAGUCAUUUAUCCUGAUCCAGAGCAUUAAUAACCGAAGCUUCGGUCAUCUGGUACGUAGUCUGGCCAAGAGUCAAGGGAUCAAGAUGAGCGAGCCCGGUCAACACGAGAUGCCCUUGCCAACCGGACCCAACAAGCCGGGCGGUGUACGAUAUCAACGAGGGAUCUUGCGAACAUGAACCCUGCCUUGUCGCCCUCCUUGUCAUCUGGUUGUCGGGAAAGCUUUCAGUGGAUGGUACUGUUCGGGUCGUCUUUCCACAAUGUGUUCGUGAAGAUGACAUAAUGUAUUUAUAAUAUAUACCUAUGUAAGAAUGCGCAGCGUGGAGAACUA